AUUCACCUGUAGGAUUAUUGUAUUACAGCACUUGAGUAAAAGCACUUGUUACAUCCCACAACUGGUCCACACGAUAUUUUUUUUCCAAAGAGGGAUUCACACAGCAUUUUCUGUGCUGGGAGGGAGAAAGGAGGGGCGGGUGGGUGUAUGGGUGGAGGGGGAGGAUUCCUCCAGUGUGAGGGGAGGGAGGUGCUGAAUGAACAGCUCCUCCGCUCAUAAAGUAAUCAGAGAGCUCCUCUGCUCCGUCAGAGCCGCACAGCCAUGAGCCAGCCGAGCUCCCCGUCCUCCAGACCCGCGCUGACUCUCCGCCCGUCCCCCUGACACGCACCGCGCCAACAUGAAGAGGCAAAACGUGCGGACCCUCGCCCUCAUCAUCUGCACCUUCACCUACCUGAUCGUCGGCGCCGCGAUCUUCGACGCGCUGGAGUCCCGCAAGGAGACGAGCCAGAUGAGGGAGCUGCACCUGAGGAAAGCGGAGCUGCUCAAGACCUUCAACCUGACCGCGGAGGACUUUGACGAGCUGGAGAAGGUGGUGCUGCAGCUGAAGCCGCACAAAGCCGGGGUGCAGUGGAAAUUCGCCGGCUCCUUUUACUUCGCCAUCACUGUGAUCACCACCAUAGGAUAUGGCCAUGCAGCCCCCAGCACAGAUGGAGGGAAGGUGUUCUGCAUGCUUUACGCCGUCCUGGGCAUCCCGCUCACACUGGUCAUGUUCCAGAGCGUGGGUGAGCGGAUCAACACCUUCGUCAGGUACCUGCUCCAACGCCUGAAGAAGUGCCUUGGCAUGAGGCGCACCGAGGUCUCUAUGGUCAACAUGGUGAUCUUCGGCUUCAUAUCCUGUAUGAGCACACUGGGCGUCGGGGCGCUGGCCUUCUCGCACUUUGAACGAUGGAGCAUCUUUCACGCUUUCUACUACUGCUUCAUCACGCUCACCACCAUCGGCUUCGGGGACUACGUAGCGCUGCAGAGUGAGCACGCUCUGCAGACCAAGCCGGAGUACGUGGCCUUCAGCUUCAUCUACAUCCUGACGGGCCUGGCUGUGAUCGGAGCCUUCCUCAACCUAGCAGUGCUGCGCUUCAUGACCAUGAACGCUGAGGAUGAGAAGAGGGAUGCUGAGCAGAGGGCUCUCCUCGCUCACAACGGUCAGGCGGGUGGACACAUCCACUGCUCCAUAGACCAGGCCUCCUCUUCUUCCACGCCAACUGGUUGCGGCGGCGGAAGCGCAGUUGGAGGUAGCGGGGGAGGCGCGGCGAGCCGGGGUCUACGUAACGUUUACGCUGAAGUGCUCCACUUCCAAUCCAUGUGCUCCUGCCUUUGGUACAAGAGUAGAGAGAAGCUGCAAUACUCCAUACCCAUGAUCAUCCCACGUGACCUCUCCACUUCGGACACCUACAUGGAGCAGGGAGAGGCUUUUUCCAACCCCCUGCACUCCAACGGCUGCGUGUGCAGCCUGCAACACCACUCGGGCAUCAGCUCUGUUUCCACUGGUCUGCACAGCAUCAACACCUACAGGAGACUCAAUAAACGCAGAAGCUCCAUCUGAACACAGAGGACUUCAUGCUUUAAGGUCAAGUCCCACAAGAGGGACCUUCUACUGAGGACAUCAGGGGAAUACAAGUCCAGUCCGUAAGAGACGCAGUGCUCCUGAUAGUUGCUGCUUUCUGGCACUGAGGAGCCUGCAGCCAGACUCUAUGUAUUUAACUUCCAUUAGCUAAGCACAAACCAUUUAGGACUAACGUCGUUAUGGAUGUCACUGAGAAAAAAUGCUAAUGGUUGUUUAAGAAGCAUUUGUUACACAAACUCUGAAACUGUUGCAGUUAGAAGACAGGGAAAAAGAACACAUGCAGCUCUCUCUGCACUUCUGAAUAUUGAAUUCAGUAUUUUCUUCGCUCAUAAGACAGAAUUUCAUGUUCUAUUAUGAAAAGGGACAAAGUACACUGUGAGACAUGUUUUUAAGAGGGAUUGUAUAUAAUGCUCCACUAUGAAGAAAUAUUUUAUUGAUCUUAAAUCCACUUUUUCCAAAAAGACUCUUCAAAAGGAAUCUUUGGUUGUAAGUAUUAUAGUCACUGCAGUGAAAUGAAAAGGUGUAUAUAUUUGGACACUUUACUUGUGUUACUGAGGGAAAGCUUAUUUUUUCAGUGAAAGAUUUCAGAAAUAUUCUCAGUGUCUUUUCCUGUGUGUCUGCAACUGAAGUUCAGGUUCAAGCCAAACUUUCUGUUUUAUAUUUUUUCCUUCCAUGAGAUACUGACGGCAUUUAAAUGACAGUUUUGAUGGAGAAUGUUUGAGCAGAUUUUGCUUAAAGGGACGGUUAACCCUUAAAAACCCAAAUAUAUAUUUUUUCUCUUACCUGUGGUGCUAUUUAUCAAUCUAAACUGUUUUGACUAGAGUUGCUGAAUGAUGGAGGUCUCUGCCAUAAGGAUGUCUGCCUUCUCUCACAUAUAAGAAAGAUGGCACUUUGCAUGCAUAUAUAUAUAUAUAUAUAUAUA